AUGGCCCAACCGAACCAAUGUCGCCCAGUUGUUCCGGAAAAUGCGCCGAAAACUGGCCUUCGGAGGGAUGAUUGUGCGUCUCUAGCUUCACGAGAAUCUGGCUGCUCGAUCGUCAUGGCGGAACUUAUCAGCAGCCCUCCUUACACCAUCCGUGAUGCAACCGGGACGGCCACCGUCGAGCCCCUGCCAAAUCAUCACAUUCAACCCGGAGAUUGGGCGUACUUUGCGAUCAGAUGCAGCGACAAACGGUGUGUGAAAAUCACGUUGGUUCCGGCCUGGCUUGAGACCGUGUCGCAGCUCCAGCUCUGGGAAUUCCGUCUAAUGGAAGAGGCGAUAGCCAUCCAGGAAGAUGUCAAGCCGAAAAUUGAGCUCCGCCCCCGCCUGAUGCCCGCGGGAGAUGCCAACGGCAAUGCAGAUGAAGGCGUAGAUCCGGAAUCAAAGAUGGCGGUUGAUGUGCCGACGAGUAGCGCGCAAAAAGAAGAUCAAGCGAAUGAUGACGUUGCCAAUAUUUCCGUUGAGAUCGGAUCUGAGCUCCGGAGCCUAUCUAUGGACGAAGCCCCCGCUAACGAUGAAGAUGAGAUCGCUGAUAGAAUAAAGAACGGCAGUGAGCUCAAGCGAAGAACCGCCGAGCAGCCUACCAUGUCUCGCAUGCAAACUCGUGCAACGAGGAAGCGAGUCGACUCGGCACGACAGGAAACCUUGGACCCUGAGUGCAAGCGUCAGAAGCUCAAGGAAAAGGAGCGUAUGGCUGAAGAGAAACGAGUGGAGAAGGAGCGAAAGGAGAAGGAACGAGAAGAGAAGAAGCGUGAGAAAGAGAAGGAGAAGGAGGAAAAGAAAAGGGAAGAAGAGGAGCGUAAGCGCAAGAAGGAUGAAGAGAGGGAAGCUAAACGCCGGGAAGACGAGGAGCAGCGAAAGGAAAAGAAAAGGGAAGAAGAGGAGCGCAGGCGCAGGAAGGAGGAAGAGAGGGAUGCUAAACGCCGAGAAGACCAAGAGCAGAGAAAGAAAAAGGAGGAGCGGAAAAGAAUGGAAGACGAAGAGAAGCAGCUGAAGAAACGUCAGGAAGAGGAACGGAAGGCAGCUAAACGUCGAGAGGAAGAGGCCGCUCGACUUUUGGAAGAAGAGAAGAAAUGUCGCGCCAGCACCAAAUUUCUGUCUUUCUUCAAGCCGGUGGAAAAACGACUCGAAUCGCCUCUCAAGAAGCAAGAUGCUGCGCACUGGUUUAUGCCAUAUGAAGUCCGGAAAAAUGCCGCUCUCGCGCCGAUGUUACGACGCGAGCCUUUGCCGGAAAAGUGGCAGCUUUCGGACUAUGAGACGGAUGAAGCCGGCACCUAUUUGCAAGAGAUGAAGAGGAAAUAUUCCUCACGGACGCCGUCCGCCGCCGCCACUGCUGAUGAUUUUCCUCAAAUCGUUGGAGAGAGGAUUGAGAAGAUGAAGUACUUCAGACUUGUCCCUGCCACCAGCACUCGGUUGCAGAAGUCGAAAUUGUACCAUUUCCACCUAAGUUAUCGACCCCCUUUCUACGGAACGUCGACCCAGCCAAUGCCAAAAGGUCUCAAUGGCCGCCGUCCGAUGGGAAAGGCAGAAAUAUUGGACUAUGAGGUGGAAUCGGAUGAAGAAUGGGAGGAAGAUCCGGCGGACGCCGAAGAAUGUCGAUCGGAUGAAGAGGAUGAGGUGGAAGACGAGGAAGAUGAUGACGAUGAAGGGUUCUUCGUCGAGCCGCGCUAUCUAUCCGACGGCGAAGGCGAAAGUGAAGACGACGCGUGUGCGGUCCCAGGAGAAGGUGAAGAUGUGCGAGCGGCUCGGAUGGCGGCGCGUGCACAAGAUUGGCAGCAAGGAGUGGAGCGCAAGAGACAAUUGCUUGUAUCCACUAUCAUUGGCCCAUCCUACAACAAACCCCCCGCACCCUGUACGAGCCUGAAAGCCAUCAUCUUC